CAAACACACCCAUGCCAUGCCCAUCCCUUUUUAUGAUAGGUAUAUAAAUAUAUGAACCAAAAAAUUUAAAAAAAAAACAGCAAUUCUCACUUCGUAUUAUUUCUAAAUAUCAGCAUUCAAUAAACUAAACACUCUACAAAAAUGGUUACAAUAUCUCCCAAGUAUUUAAAUCAAAUCGCUCAAUAUCUCGGGGCACCUCUCGGAAAAAUAACUCAAAAAGACAAUAUCUACACCCGCGUCAACAACAACCAAACAUCAACUGGAACAAUAAAUAUAAUUUUCUCUUUCCUCAAAGAUUCAAAGUCAAAUUUAGGACCCAACGACCCUUUACAGGAAGCUGCAAUGUUUCAGUGGCUUGAAUAUGGCAUUGUGUAUGCUGCAAAUGCAAAUAAUGGCCAGAACGUUAAAGUUUUAUUGAGGGAUCUGAACACAAUCUUAUCUACACAAACCUAUCUUGUUGGUCAUAGGUUAACUGUUUCAGAUGUGUUCUUGUAUUACGUGUUGGCUGAUAUUAUGGCUGGAUUAUCAAGUUUAGACAAAGAGAAAUUCCUUAAUGUCUCCAGAUGGUACGACAAUAUCCAACAAGAUGCUGCACUGAGACAAAAAAAUAAUUUUGUUGAUUUCAGUAGCAAUUAUCUGGCUAACUUGGUUCCAGCUAGACAUUAGGAAUUUAUUUGUGAAAUCUGGUCAAAACACAUUUACUUAAUAAAAUAUUUAUUCAUUACUAGUUUCAUUAUCAACAUCUACACCAUCCCCAGACGGUUCUUUUUGCUUCUUUAAAGUUUCUGCUAAAUAUUUAAACCUCAUCAUGCAUUCUUCCUAAAUUGAAAAAAAAAAAAAAAAAACAAUUUUUAUCAUACAAAAAUUAAUUUCAUGAACUCACUUUGGCUUUUCCAGGAACACGGUCUGCAAUUUUAUCCCACCUUUCAGCACAUCCCUUUGGAUAUUUAGCUAGAGCAUCUUCCAAAGCUCUUUGCUGUACUUGCGACCACUUUUUUACACUAUCCCCAGUAUCAGUCUCCUUUUUCGUUUUUUGUUUCAUUUUAAUUUGUGGUGCUUCUUCCUCGGUUUCUGUGGGAUUCCUGUAACCAUUCUCUUUCAUUUUGUUUGCCAUAUAUGUUACUUCUUGCACCGAUCUUCCCAAGGCUUCUGCAAUAUUUUCCCAUCUCUUAGCAGAUCCUUGUGGAAAUUUUUUCACUAGACGAAUCAACUCCUCUAAAUCAUCAUCAGUCCAUAGUCCACCGAUGAUCGGCAAAGGGGUAGAAGUUUGUUCAGAUUCAUUAUAAUUUGUUUCUGAGCCAAGAGUCUCAAAAUUAGGCCCUUCAGGAACGACAAAUUUAUUUCUUUUUCUUACUGUUUUUAUUUUAACAGGCACUGGUUCUGGCUCUGGAGGUGGUUUGGUGACUUCUUCUAUU